UCUUCUUCAUCCUUCUGCAAAUCCACAAACCCACGAAUCCAAACCCGCGAAUCCAAACCCAUUUUUCAUCCUUCAACAUUCGUUUUUCAUCAAACCCAACCACAUUUAACCUUCAUCCUUCAGUGAAAACGUUUUCAUCCUUCCACAUUUAACCUUCAUCCUUCAGUGAAAACGUGAAUCAUGAAUAGCAACUUUUAGCCUUCAUCACCGGCGAGUUGGUCUGGCGCAGCUUUCAGUCAAUUUAUUUCACUAUCGAGAAGUGUUUGUGGCUUUCUCCAGUUGUUGAAAGGUGGCUUGUAGAGCAGUUUUGCCAAUUGAGAAUUCUUUGGGAGGGAGCAUCCACAGAAAUUAUGACCUUUUACUCAGGCACAGGUUACAUAUAGUAGGAGAAGUAAAAUAUGCAGUCCAUCAUUGUUUGAUGGCUAACCAUGGUGUUAAACUUGAUAAUUUGAAGCGUGUUCUUAGUCAUCCACAGACUCUUGCACAAUGUGAGAACACCCUGGCAGGGUUGGGCUUGGUUAGAGAAGCAGUAGAUGAUACAACGGGUACUGCAAAACAUGUUGCCCUCCAUGAACUACAAGAUGCAGGAGCUGUUGCUAGCUCUGCUGCUGCAGAGAUCUAUGGCUUAAAUGUACUUGCUCGAGACAUUCAGGAUGAUAAUGAUAAUGUCACCCGAUUUUUAGUGUUGGCGCGAGAACCAAUACUUCCAGGCACAGACAAGCCAUUUAAGGUAACACAAGUAGUUCAAGUGAUCAAUGGUGGUGGUUUCAUAAACUAGCCAUGGUUGAAAUGGUUCAGAUGUUGUUAUUUCCCUGCUCCAUAGUCAUAAGGUGUUGCAACUGACUUGAAUCCGUGAUAUUUGGAGAAUCAAAACCAUUCGAAGAUGAAGAAAUGAUGAAUGUCC